UUUAUUAUAAUUUUCCUUUCGACGGGAAAUUGCGUUAGUCAAUUUUGAACAGGCCAUUGUUAAGUACACAACGUUUAUUUUAUCAGUUGAAAAUAUUUUAAACUGCUAUCGGUUCGGAGAAAUUGAAUUUUCUCUCCAAUACUGUGCCAACUUCGCGUUAGCUCAAGUGCCUUUUGCAGACUGGGAACUCGCAAGAGUUCAUAAUUGGUAUACGGAUUUUUGUGUAGAAACUGAUUGAACAUUUUUUUGGAAUUCGUCUUUGGUCCGGGUGAUAAAAAAUAUUUUUUUUUUAAAUUAAAAUGAAACAAUUGGUUUGAUACCAUCAAGUUUACGAAAAAGGGUACCAAAGAAUCGUCGACAAUAUCAAGUGUUGUUGAAACACAAAUCAAAUGAUACAAAUGGAACCUGUCAGUCUGGCCCCGCCGAAUGGUCAAAGUGUGCAGGACGAUGAUUAUCGUCACAGAAUUUUGGCAAUGAAGAAAUUUGCCGACGAUAGCGUGAAUGGGGAGGCAACACAAUGCGGCCGAAUUCUCAUAGUUCUAUCAUGGGUUCUGGUCGUCAUUACAAUGCCUUUGAGUUUAUUUGUGUGCUUUAAGGUGGUUCAGGAGUAUGAACGAGCGGUAAUUUUCCGCUUAGGUCGGUUAGUGGCAGGUGGAGCCAAGGGACCAGGUAUAUUUUUCAUCCUGCCAUGUAUCGAUGCUUACGCUCGAGUAGACUUAAGAACACGAACGUAUGAUGUGCCACCACAAGAGGUAUUGACCAAAGACAGUGUAACUGUAUCAGUUGAUGCGGUUGUAUAUUAUCGGGUAUCAAACGCAACAGUGUCCAUAGCAAAUGUAGAAAAUGCCCAUCAUUCGACUCGCCUAUUGGCCCAGACUACGCUUCGAAAUACUAUGGGAACUCGACAUCUGCAUGAAAUACUCAGCGAACGAAUGACUAUUUCCGGAACGAUGCAGCAUCAAUUGGAUGAGGUAACGGAAGCAUGGGGUAUUAAGGUGGAGCGAGUCGAAAUAAAAGAUGUUAGACUACCUGUUCAGUUACAACGAGCUAUGGCAGCUGAAGCUGAAGCCGCUCGUGAAGCUCGCGCAAAAGUUAUCGCUGCUGAAGGUGAACAAAAGGCAUCACGUGCGUUGCGAGAAGCAUCAGAAGUAAUUGGCGACUCACCAGCUGCGUUACAAUUGAGAUAUUUGCAGACCCUGAACACAAUUUCAGCUGAGAAGAAUUCAACGAUUGUGUUCCCAUUGCCUAUUGACAUGAUCACUUACUUUAUGAAAUCUCAUCAACAUCAACAGCCAAGUUAAAUGUGUUAUGAGUGUUAGAGCUUUGCAGGGAAUUCGUGAUGGCGAAAUGUGAUCAAAGCUCCGGAAAAGAGCUCGUUUUCACAGGCAUCUCGUUUUUCCUUCAAGUCUUUUGUAUUUUAAUUUUUCUACAUUUUCGUUUUCGCUUAUGAAAGGCUGUUUUUGACCUGAAGAGCAUGUGUCAAAGAUUGGUUGGGCUUGGGGGUUAGGGAUUUCGAAGACUAGUUAAUUGGAAUUGAAAGAAAAGUUAUCUAAAUUAGGUUUUUUCAAUGUUUCUGAAUCCGUCACUGGUCGUUUGUAAGCGAAAGGAAAAUUAAUGUUUUUCUAGUCAAGUAAUUAUAUACUCUCACGAUUAAAUUUUAAAAUGAAAUCAUAAAUGUGCCGUUCAUAAAAGUAUUACCAGAAGUAAAAGAAAAAAAAAUGUUUUGAAUAUUUAGCAAAUUAAUUGUCUUAAGAAACAAUCACUAACAUUUAAUUGUCUACAUGAAUUUAUAUGAUGAUAUUAUUAAUAUAUAAAAACCAUUGUCGAUAUUGUUAUACUAAUAUAUGUGAAACAACAAGAACAACAACCAAACAAAAAUUUAUAUUUAUCGGUGUUUUACACUUUCAAAUUUAAAUUUACAUUAGAUUUUAAGCUCAAUAUUGUCAUGGAUAAAUUCGUAAACAUUAAAAUUCAAAA